GCAUUAUUAACACCUAAAUUAAUGGAUACAGCCAUAAAUUCUACAAAACAAUUAUUUAAAGAAUUAAGUGGAUAUCGGCAAUCUCUUGGAAUGCAAAUAAUAACUGGUGAACGAACAUAUACAAUUGCAUCAUAUUAUAAUACUCAAAGUAUUAUCAAAUCUGAACUUGCUGGUGCGUUGGUCAAAGAUGGUAAUAAAUUUGUCAAUGCAGGUGUAAAAUUCGGUAAUGAUAUCAUGUUUUUUAU